AUGAUGGCAACACACGACGCGCAGCAGGAGAACGGCCUUUAUUCGCGCGAAGACUCCGCCCGGCGAUCAGCGUCGCCUGCAAACACUCAUCAUCGCCGCGGCUACCAGGCCUGCGAUCCGUGUCGCAAGCGCAAAGUGAAAUGCGAUCUUGGAAGUGUUGACAACCCCCGCCCUCCGCCAUGCGUACGGUGCCGACGUGAGAGCAAACGCUGCGAGUUCUCCGCUACUCGUCGCAAACGCAAGCCUUCCGAUGUCGAUGGCUCCGUGGAUGAUAUCCUCCGCCGUGAUAAGCGGAUGAUGACUGGGGAUACCAAAGUCGAUGGUUCUCAGAGCGACAGGUCGCCAUCUCAUCCGCAGACGGAGCAUCCUCCUUUUGAUACAGUCAGUCGGUCACAACAAAAGUGGAUUGAUAAAUCCCCUUCGAACGGUCAUUUGCCGUUACCGGGUAAUAAUAGCCUCCCGUUUACUGCCAAUCCUCCAACUACAUCUGCGAACCAGUUCUCAGACAUACGGAAUACAAGACAUCCUGUCUACAGCGUCGGGGAGAGGGCAUCGAUCUCGAGGUUUAGCCUCGAGGGUAACCAGCCCAUGAUGAAUCGGACCGCCGUUGAGCUACUGUCGCCGGCGAUCAGCAAUAGCCACGAUGCGCUACAUCUCUUGUCUGAGGCGGCGGGACGGACAGAAGACCUUAACCGGCAAAGCCUCGAAAAUCGUUACGCCGCGACACGGCGGUCUGUCUCGUCGUUCGCCUCGCCCAUGUCCUCCAUGACGAAUGCAGGAACCCCACGAAGCGCCGGCGGUUCACUGUCACAGCAGCACAGGUCAGGAACAGCUCAUAAUGGGGGGUUUUAUCAAGGAGCUGGACUGGCUUCGGGUGAGUCACACCCAGACGCUCGCGGCCGAACGAACUCUGCGGAUCGUCCUUCGGACUCGGGCUACUUGGACGCUGUCAAGGCAUGGUCGCGAUUACGAUUCGUCCGUGCAGGUUGGCUUUCUGUCGAAGAGUCAAUGGCCUACGUAGCAUACUACUAUGAACACCUCGCUCCUUUGAGCCCUAUCGUGAUUCCAGACUUCUCACACCCCUCUACGCAUCGCUCUCUUCUCACCGACGAACCGGUAUUAGCGGUAACGAUUCUGACAACUGCGUCAAGGCAUAUGAAACCAAACGGUGACGGCGCGCACUCUCGAGCCUUCUACAUUCACGACCGCCUCUGGUCAUACCUGCGCGGAAUGAUUGAGCGCCUGUUCUGGGGCCAGGAAAAGUUCGGCGGGAACGGCAUCGGGAUCAACAAACCUCGAUCCUUCGAUUUAGCGCCCACCGCAGCCAAGAUCAGCCACAAAGGUAAUUUGCGGUCUCUGGGAACGAUCGAGGCGCUGCUGAUUCUCACGGACUGGCAUCCGCGAAAUUUGCAUUUCCCUCCUGGUGAUGAUGAGAAUGCUUUGCUUGAUCUUGACGCUCAGUCAGGCCGCUAUGAUAGGGACCUAGAAAAUGAUGUGGAGACGACCGUCAACCGGGGAUCGAGCGGUGCUCCAGAGGGCCGAGUGGCUUUCCAGACUUGGCUCGAACCAGCCUGGCGGUCAGAUCGGAUGUCGUGGAUGUUACUCAGUACUGCGCAAGCCUUAGCCUUUGAGCUGGGAGUUUUCGAUCAAAAGAACGACGCAAAGUCUUUGGGCGAGUCGCCUGCAGAGCAGACACGGAAACGCCGCCUUCGUCGCCUUAUCCUCGUAUACAUCACGCAGAGCAGUGGUCGCCUCGGCAUCCCCUCCAUGCUUCCGCUACCACAGUGGGCAGAUGAUAUCCAGCCAACUCCGGUGACAGGGUCGAAGUCUAACGAGAUUGACAAGAUGCACGAUUGUUGGCUCGGUAUCUCGAAGAUCAUGUAUCAGAGUAACCAGCUUCUGUUUGCAUCCAACGAGCAGACCUCGGAUCUGAUCCGCAGUGGGCGCUAUCGGGAGCAAAUCGAUCGUUUUCAGCCGUUUCUUCGCGAAUGGCGGCAAAAUAUUGACUCGACGGAGUUGCAUCCUGCUAUGAGACACAUCUUGAUGAUUGAAUACGAAUAUACCCGAUUGUAUGUCAAUUCUCUAGCUUUACAGGCGGUUGUGGACCGAUGGACAACCAUGUCGAAUGAGGCGGCCCAGGCACAGGGCAAACCAGGUUCGGCUUCAGGAAGUGGCGGAUCGUUCCACGUACUUAUGGAACUGUAUCGCGUCAAUGAGCCUUUUAUCCAGGAGGUCGUUGAGGCUUCACGCAAGAUCUUGACAACCGUCCUCGAGGGCCUUGUUCCGGGUGACCAUCUGAAACACGCACCUGUUCGAACCUGUUUCCGGAUUCUGUCGGGCAUGAUCUUCAUUCUCAAGACAUUCACCCUCGGCGCCAAAGAAGACGACGUGCGCGUAUCCCUUGACCUUCAAGAUCGCACUGUUGAAGCACUUCGAACAUGCGUCGUCGACGAUAUCCAUCUCAGCCACGCCAUCGCCCGCCUCCUCGAACUCCUAACCUCCAACAUUCGCACCCGCUUCCUCCGUUUCGCCCCUUUAGACCGCAGCGGCGACGGCGAUGGCCAAGAUCGCACCUCUGCUCCAACAUCCCGCGCCCACUCACCUCGACCUUUAGGCCCUCCAACCCGCCGCGAAGCUAUGAGCCACCACUCCUGGACCCCAAAUCCCUCCUCAGCCCAACCCCUCGGCUAUGCCGACACACACCCACCCACAACAACAAUGACCUCCGUCCACGACCCGCUAGCCGGCAUCCCCGCGCAACCAAUCAACUCCUCAAACAUCAACGUCAGCUUCAUGCCACCCCCACCAUCAGUCUACUACAACUUCUACGAGCCCCGCGCAACACCGCCCUCUGGCGACCUCGACGGCUCAAACGUCCCCACACACUCAGUGGGCGAGAACCACAGCCAUAACCAUGCGCAGCAGAACCCCGGCGUCUCGGAUUGGUUUGCCCUCCCGCUUGAUCAGUUCUUCAAUAGCUCUACUGCUGUCGUGGACCAGGGCCUUGGUGGCACGGGACCUAUGGUUGGGGAGUUUGAUAUGCUUGAGGUUUUGCUGAAUGAGCAGUAUGAUGGGACGGGGGAUGGGCUUGAUGCGGCUGGUGGUCCCGGAGGGAAUCUUCCGUCGCAGUUUAUGCAGUCCUGA